AUGAAGAGUGAUGAAAAUAUCGUUAACACCGAAACUGGAAAAAAGAAAAAAGGUGUCAAAAAGAUAAUUGGAAACAAAGAUAGUGAAGAUUGUAAACUGAAGGCGAAUAAGAUUUUGAUUAAAAAAUCUUUCUUUUCAGUAAGUAACGUGAUGAAGUGUCACAGAGAUGAUGUAGUUGAAUAUCUAAAGUCAAAUGAUAUUAAUGUGUUAUCGUGUUACCCAGUGUUGAAGCGUUCAGAAAUGGCAAACGAUAGCACACCUGAUAUUGAAAAUGAGCAUUCAACAAUGUUUCGAGUUUGUGUAGAAAGUUGUGACAGCAAUAAAAUGAAAAAUCCUGAUAUCAUUCUGAAACAUAUUAUUGUGCCCUGCAGCCCUGACUUGAAUGAGGGCACGGGCGGUCGGAAGCAUAGGGCCUGCGGGAUUUCCGCCGAACCAGGAAACUUGAAGACUCAGUUCAAAAGAUCGACUAUUAAAAUUUUUGAAAAGAAUCAAGGGCAAAGGGUUUAUCAGCGCGCAAAAUUUUUUUAA